AUGGAUUUUAUGCAGAAAUACUUUUUCACUUCUUUAUGCAAAGAAAGAGUACUCAAAAGACGUGUUGGAUGUAGCGACAAAAAAAGAAGUUAUGAAAUCGCUGCAAAGUUAAACGUGGAAGUGAACCGUCUGUUUGACGUUUGCAUAAAGGAAGUUUUCUAUACAAAGAAAGUCGUGAAUAGAACCGAGAAGAACGAAACAAAAAAACCUGAAAAAAUCUCCUGGAAAUGCAAACAAGCUACAUUCAUUAGUCUUCGACAACGACAUCAUGAGAUGAUGCUUCAAAGGCGAUGA